AUCAAAUAACAUCUAAUUAAUUUAAUUUGGUUCAUACUUUGGUACCACUAUGACCACGAAAUUUUCUCAUUCACUUUUGGUUUUAUAUGUAGUGUUUUACAUGUUCUCUCAAGCUAUUGUUGCACAAAAGAAGAACGAUGUUUAUAUUGUGUAUAUGGGAGCUAAUAACAACCACCACCAUGAUUUGCUUCUUAACUCUUUGUUAAGAAGGAAUAGGAAUGGAUUAGUUCACAACUACAAGAAGGGUUUUUCUGGAUUUGCUGCACGGUUAACAAAGACAGAGGCAGAAGAAAUGGGAAGGCAAGCAGGGGUUGUAUCCGUAUUUCCUGAUCCAAUGCUUCAACUUCAUACCACUCGUUCUUGGGAUUUCUUAAAGUAUGGAACUUCUUUACUAAUUGAUUCCACUCCAGUGUUAGCGUCUCAAGGAUCUGAUACCAUUGUUGGUAUUCUUGAUACAGGGAUCUGGCCGGAAUCUGAAAGUUUUAAUGACAUAGAUAUGAGUCCAAUUCCUCCGAGGUGGAAAGGAACAUGCAUGGAUGGACCAGACUUCAAUAUUUCAAGCUGCACCAAAAAAUUAAUAGGAGCAAGAUUUUACAAAGGUGAAGGCAGUGAUACAAGAAUUGAGUCCCCAAGAGAUGCAUUAGGCCAUGGAACACAUGUAUCUUCCACAGCAGCAGGAGUUUCAGUACCAAAUGCAUCUUACUACGGUUUAGCUAAUGGUGCUGCAAGGGGUGGAUCUCCUACAUCGCACAUAGCUAUGUAUCGUGUGUGUUACCCUGAUGGAUGUCCUGGUUCUGCUAUCUUGGCUGCCUUUGAUGAUGCUAUAUCAGACGGUGUUGAUUUACUUUCAUUAUCACUUGGUGCAUCAGCUGGAUUUGCACCUGAUUUUUCAACAGAUCCUAUUGCUAUUGGUGCUUUUCAUGCUGUACAGAAAGGGAUUACUGUGGUCUGUUCUGCAGGGAAUCAAGGGCCUUCUUCUCAAACGGUAGUUAAUGAGGCUCCUUGGAUUUUAACGGUUGCUGCUACUACAAUUGAUCGAGAUCUCGAAUCUGAUGUUGUCUUAGGAAACAAUAAAAUUAUUAAGGGUGAAUCCAUAAACUUUUCAGAGCUAGAAAAAUCCCCAAUAUACCCACUGAUAUCUGGUGUUUCAGCCAAGACAAAAUCUGGGAGUGAUGAUGAAGCAAGAAAUUGCUACCCUAACUCACUGGAUGGAGGAAAGAUCAAAGGAAAAAUAGUGAUUUGUGAGCACGGAGAGAAUAGUGAUUACAGUAUGAGAUCAAAGAUAAAUGCAGUUAAAGAUGGUGGAGGGUUGGGAAUAGUUAUAGUGAAUGAUCCAACAAGAUUAGUUGCUUCUAAUUCUGGUUCUUUUCCAAUGACUGUAAUUACUUCCAAGGAUGCUGCUCAAAUAUUUGCAUAUAUGAAUUCAACUGAAAAUGCUGUUGGAACAAUCUUAGCUACAAAAACAGUUCCAAGUUAUAAACCAGCACCAACAGUUGCAUUUUUUUCAUCAAGAGGUCCUGCAUCAACCACAAAAAACCUGCUCAAGCCCGAUAUAGCAGCACCAGGAGUAAGUAUUCUUGCAGCAUGGAUGGGCAAUGACACAUCAAGUGAAACCACUCCUAAGGGGAGACAACCUCCACAGUUCAAAGUGAUUUCUGGAACCUCUAUGUCUUGCCCACAUGUUGCAGGCAUUGCUGCCAAUAUCAAAUCUCAAAAUCCCAGUUGGAGUCCUGCUGCUAUUAAAUCUGCCAUAAUGACUUCUGCAAUUCAAAACAAUAAUUUGAAAGCAACAAUAGCAACAGAAUCAGGAAACGCAGCCACAGCGUAUGAUAUUGGUGCAGGGGAGGUAAGUCCAACAGGGGGACUCCAACCAGGACUCAUAUACGAAAUCAACACAACUGACUAUUUAUACUUCCUAUGUUACUAUGGAUAUAAUCUCUCUACUAUAAAACUCAUUGCAACUGAAAUUCCAAGUGGAUUUUCCUGCCCAGAAAUCUCGAGUAUUGACAUGAUAUCCAACAUUAAUUAUCCUUCAAUCGCAGUAACCAUGAACGCUUCAGCAACAACAAUGACAGUUAAAAGAACUGUAACAAAUGUUGGCAGUAAUGCAGAAAUAGUCUACACUGCAGUUGUAGAUAAACCUGCAGGAAUUGAAGUGGAUGUGAGUCCUCGUGAGUUGAAAUUUACAUCAGAUUCUAAGAUAUUGGAUUACAAAGUUACAUUUUCUACUUUUUCUACUACUGGUAAAGGGGAUUUAUUUGGGGCCAUUACAUGGACAAACAAGGAGUAUCAGGUGAGAAGUCCUUUUGUUGUAGCUAGAGGUUAAUUGUAAUUACUAAUUACUAAUUUCGGUGAUCACUAUAAAAAAAAGUGGUGUUUAAAUUUUACAAGCUUGGGCGAUACGAUGAAGAAGUGUUAGCUUUGUUUUAAUAGUUAUGUUGUAUAAGAAAAUUAAUUAAAAGAAAAAUAAACGUUAAUUUUGCA